CAAUCGCUAGGUCGUAACAAUCGCCACUCGUAUCAAGAUACUCGACAUUCGGAAGUUGAACUUUUUCUGCCAACAUAUAGUAUAUCAUACUGGAUGAAAGAUUUUUAUCCAAAUGUCAAUUUUUAUUCCUCCUUGUCAUUAUAAUUCUAGUUGAUGUUAAAAACAUCGACAAUAUCACGAGUAUAAUUGAUGUGUACUCAAAGGAAUAUAACGUAGUAAUACACGUUAAAAGUGUACAGGCGUUUUAUGGAUUAUCAAGGCAUGUUUGACAUCACAGAAACGAGUGUUCCGUUUUAGUAAAAAAGAAAUAAAAAUGCCGGCACCACCGCCACUACCUCCUGCUUUUACCGCGCCUCCUCCUGUGUCAGGCGAACAAGAUAGGAGUUUGUUAUUACAAUCAAUUAGAGAAGGAAAAGCUCUAAGGAAGACAGUUACGGUAGAUAAAAGCGCACCUGCUAUAAGUGGUAAAGUCAAAGGUGAUUCAACUUCUAUAACUUCCGGCAGUAGUGGUAACAAUGGCCCUAAUACAUUCAGUAGUAGUAUUGCUAAUAAUAACAAUAGUGGACCAAUAGGCCUAGGUGGAUUAUUUUCAAGUGGUAUGCCAAAGUUAAAGCCAACGGGUCUUAGAGGAAACACAAUUGAAAAAGAUUCGCAUACUACUAUUAAUAACAGUAAUUUCUCUAAUUCAUCUGGUAGUUUGAAUCAAAAUGUUAAACGAGGGCCUCCUCCAAUUCCACCUCCAGCUACACAAAAACCUCAAGUAUUUCCUCAAGUAUCAAGUGGAGCAGAUUCAGCAAAUUCUAAUACAGAUGGACAUAAAGGCUUUGGCAAACCAACACUCGCGCCUAAACCACCACCACCAUCCACAGCUCCUCAGAAACCAUCGCCACCUCCUAAGAAAUUAAGUUUAACAAGUUCUGGGAGUGUCUCAAGAGCACAAAGCAUGAGGUUACCCAGGUCUCCACCAGUUCUUGCCCCAACACCACCAUCCCUUCAUCAAUCGCAGGAUUGCUUAAAUGAACCUCAAUCAAGACCCACGAAUCGUGUUCUUAGACCUCCUAUCGCUAGACCGCCAUCUCCUCCAAUAUCUAGAGCGACAUCUUCAAUGAUGAUAACAAGAGCAGCACCACCACCACCUUCCAGAGUUACGGUUACAGCCCCCUGCAUUCCUCCGCCACCUCCACCUCUUCCGCAUCGUCCUCCAACUCACCAAAGAUUGGCUGCACCUCCACCUCCACCACCAACACCUCCUACGAGAGGCUCGUCGAUGAGAAAUGGACAAACUACAAAUUCUAAUCUUGAUUUGGAGAUAAGAUUUGCAGAAAUGUUUCAUUCUGUUUCGAGUUUUCCACCACCAGAACCUUUUAGAGGAUUUACAAAGAUCUACAGCAGUAGAAAUGCUGCAAAGCAACAGGCUCCAGCACCGCCUCAACAAACAUCUAAUCCAAAUACAAUACUUCCCUUAAGUGUUUCGUCUAGUAACAGUGGUAAUACAAUGCAAUCAACGUGGCAUGUUAAAAACUUUUAGUUACCUAAGUUAUCUCAUUUUGUUUAUGAAAAAAGAUCAGCAUUUAACAUUGUUUUACACAUUAACAAAAUAGUAAUGUGUGAAUACAUAGAAAAAUUGUGUUUGCAGAGAAUCUAAGUUACUGUUAUUGAAAGUGUAUUGAGAAGGUCUAUUUAGAGUUGUAAUUAUAAUUAAAUUUAACAAAACAAAAUCUGAGGAGUUAUUACAUAGUAAUUGAAAAUAUAAAAUUUCCUUCUAAAGUGCAAUGAUACUCUGCUCUGUAAUAAAUCUGUUUAUAAUGCUUUUACGUAAUAUUUAAUACUGCCAGACUUUCAAUUUUUCUAUGUUUCAGUUUUAAUCCUUUAUUAUAUGUCAGACAUUCUUUCGUAAAAAUUUCAAUGCACAAAAAGAUUUCAUAUUAUAUCUAUGAUUAAUAUAGGUAUAUUUAAGUUAAAACUAACAUGAGAUCAUAAACUUGUUAAAUAAUGUUGGAAAACAAUUGCAACAAUAAGUAUUAAUGCAACCUAAUUGUUAAAAAGUUCAUAUAUACAUGCAUUAUGUUGUAACAUUAUUUAAAAAAUAUAAAAUGUUACAUAUUUUUAUUUCUAUCAAUAGUUUCUCAUAAUCCAUUAUUUCAUAUGUACAUUUUCAUAGCAAACGAUUUCUGAUAUGUAAGUAUAAUCAGGGAUAAAAUUAAACUGAGAAAUAUCUUAGUUAUAUUCAAAACUGAUAUUUAUUAUGAAUUAUAAAGAAAAAUAUUUUUUUAACUAGGAAACUCUUCUCUCGGAGAUCUUCAUUAAAGUAAUAUAAAGGAUGACUAGAAUCUAAUAUGAUAAGAAAACUCAUAUUAAACAAAAAAAAAAAAAGAAUAAAUAAAACAAAAAAAAAACAAAAAAAAAUUCAAAUGUAUUCAAUUAUGAUCGUAUAUUAAGUAUUGAAAAAGAAAAAAAAAAUAUUAAUAAUUUGAAUAAUGUUGUAAAAUAUAUUUUGAGAAAUUCAACACAAGCAUGGAAGUUAAAGACUGUAUUGUGUUGUGUAUCUGUAUAUAUGUAUAUAUGUAUAUGUAUAUAUAUAUACAUAUAUAUAUGUAACAAUAUAUUUAAUUUAUUCAAUUUUAUUAUAGAAAGAAAUAUAACAUAUCUUCGCAAUUCGAUGAACUAUAAGGAAUCCAUAAUGUGUAAAGAAUAAAUAAAUUGGAAAUACUGAAUUGUGGAUUAAAUAAAAAUAAAUUAUAUAUAGGGCGUAGGGGGGGGGGGGGACGAUAUUAAAUGGCAUUGUAUACGAAUUUAAUUAACGCGAUUAUUUUCUAAAAUUUUCAUAACAUUGCAUUAUUUAAUACAAGGUAGCAUAAGUAAUUUGUAAGAUUAAAACAUAUAAACAAAAUCAUAUUUUUUAUACUUCAAGCUCUCUUUCAAUAAUCCUACGAUAUUCAUCGAAGCCUCCUUCAAUGCACCGAACUGAUCCUUCGCCACAGACCCAUAACUCUGUACAAACCAUACGUAUUAAUCGUUCGUCGUGCGACACUAAAAUAACACCUGCCUAGAAAAAAAGAAAAAGUAACAAAGAAUAAUAUAAUAAAUCGUAUAUACAAAUAUCGCAAUAAUAAAUCAUUUUAUAAUCAUAAUGGAAUUAUAUAUAAAAAUCUUACUUGACAGCUAUUGAGUGCUUUUCCUAAUGCCUCGAUUGAUUCUAUAUCCAAAUGAUUCGUAGGUUCGUCGAGUACUAAGAAGUUUGGCAUUGCUGCACACAUUAAAGCAAAAGCUACCCUUGAUUUUUGGCCUCCUGAUAACGAAUUGAUCGUUUGCAAUGCUAAAUCACCACUUAUCCCAAAACUACCAAGCAUUCGUCUGUACUCCUCGAUUGGUUUACCUAAAAAAAAAAAAGGAAAAAAAAAUGAAUUAUUAAUGCGAGAUAAAAAUUAAAAAUAUACUAUACGACAAAUCCUAUGUCACAUACCUGGAAAAUGAUUUUGCAAUAAUUCGACAGGACAUACACGCAUAUCUAAUUGAUCGACGUGAUGUUGACUAAAGUAUCCAAAUUUCAAGUUACGAUGCACGUGCACUGUGCCUCGUGUUGGACUUAAAGCAUUUGUUAUUAUUUUUAAUAACGUGGUUUUACCCGCACCAUUUUCACCCACAAUACAAAUACGAGAUUGUAAGCUUGCCGUUAAAUUUACACCAGUAAAGACGUAUGAAUUAUCGUUUCCAGUCUCAUAACGAAAUGAAACUUCAUUCAACUGAAGUAUUGGCGGACUUAAUGGUUCAACAUCGGGGAAUCGUAGUGUUACUUCUCCUUCCUUUUCCAUGGGUUUUAAUUCUGGUCUAUAAAAUAAAAUAAAAGAAAAAAAAAAUGUUUGUGAAACAGAUCCAAAUCAUAAAACUAUCUUAUUGAUUAUUAUGUUUCAAAGAACUUACAAUUUCUCCAACAUUUUUAUUUUACUUUGUACACUAGAGGCACGGUUGGCAUUAUAACGAAAACGAUCAAUGAAUUCUUGCACGUGGGCUCUUUUAGCUUGUUGAGCUUCAUAUUCUCUUUGUUGAUUUCGUUCGCGUUCGCCUUUAGUUUUGGAAAAUUGUUCAUAAUUACCACGAUAUGCCUCUAUUUUUUGACCUCGUAAAUAUAAAAUAUCCGUAGGUACCUAUUAUAUAUAUACACGAUAAGUAAAAAAGAAAAAUAAAAUCGAUACAAAUACAUAGUAAAAUAUACAUACAGUAUCCAAAAAGUUUCUGUCGUGAGAAACAACAAGUAGAGUCGUUGGCCAGGAUUGUAAAUAUUUCUCAAGCCAAAGUAUAGCUUUGAUAUCAAGCAUGUUCGUCGGUUCAUCAAGUAACAAAAGAUCUGGUCUAGAAAAAAGUGCUCUUGCAAGAGCAAGUCUCAUCCUCCAACCACCAGAAAAAGCUUUGGUAGGCCAAGACUGCCUUUCAACAGAAAAUCCAAGUCCAGAUAAUAUUGCACUUGCUUUAGCUGGUGCUUUAUCAACUUCUGCCAACUGCAUAGCUUCGUAUAUUCGAGCUAAUUCUUCUCCUAAUGCAUCACUUGUCUUACCCCCAUCUUUUUCUAUUGCAGCUUGUAAUUCCGUUUCUCGACUUAACAGAGUACUUCUUUCUUGAUCACAUCCUAGUACAGACUCGAGAGCCGAUGUAUCAUCACCGGCUACCUCUUGCUCUACAUGUAAAACUCGUACAUGAGAUGGUAUUCUAAGCUGUUUACUAAAUUAAUAAUAAUUAAAAAUUAAUAAUAAUUUAUUGUUAAUAGAUUAAUAAUAAAAAUUAAUAUCACUUAUCAUUACCUGGAUAUCAUUCUAAGCAAUGUGGUCUUACCCAGACCAUUUCUACCAAUUAAACCAUAGCGUCUACCAAAUGCAAGAGUUAAAUCGGCACCUUGUAAUAAUACUCUAUCUCCGUAUGCAACAUCAAAGUUUUCUAUUCUGAUAUCUUGUGUCUUAUUUACUCCACCUUUGGUUUCCAUUCUACUAUCUUUUUUACUUGUCAUUUGACUGGCACUUGCAGAUUCUGUAGCUUGGUUUAUGUUGUUUGUACGGCCUGCUAUACCCAAUUCAUUUAUAACUCUUUUUUCUUGUUUCUGUUGUAACUUAGCCUCUGCUUUUUCUAAUUUUUUAGCAUCCACUUUCUAUCAUAAAAAUCAUAUUGAUUGAUUGAUAUUCCAAUUAUAAUAAAAAUUAUUAAAUAAUUAAUUACCAUAGCAUCGUCCCUUGUUGUCACCCAUAUACUUUUAAUUUGUUCUACUUGUGCUUCCAAAGUAGCAGCCAUUGCUCCUAGAUGAACAGGAGCAUUUAAUACUUUAUUUACACCAUUUUUUCUCCUUUCAACUUGUCCUUCUUCGGUAUUACCUUUUAACAUUUCUAGUAAUUUCACACAUAUUUCUCUGUAUUAAAAAAAAAAAAAAAAAACAAAACAAAAAAUACUUAAUAUUUCUCAAGCGAACAUAUUUCAUAAUGCAAAUUUGUUUGUGUAUGAUCAAAAUAUAUUUAUAUAUCAAAUUUAAUCUUAUUAUUAAUAAUCAUUCCAUACUGCUUAUAUAUAAUGCAUACCGCAUAGUUUGCUUCUAUCACAUCAUAAAUUAUUAUAUUUCCAAGAAUCAUAUUAGAAACGAAUUGUCGGGCAUCUAUGUUUAAAAUCUUCCUCAUAAGAAUUACAAUGGCAAUUCGUAAAAAAAAAAAUUUUUAAAUAAAUAUGACAAUCAGAAAAAAUUAGAAAAUAAGUGACAAGUAACCUAUAAAGAAUGUUUGUAAACACAGAUUUAUAAAUUUAUGACUAUAAAAAAUGAUUAUAUGUGAGUGUAAAUACGAGUUUUACAGACCUAACCUCGUUUUCUGAUUUAUCAGCUACUUCAUGUAAAACUUCCCCGAUAGCCUCGUAAAUCUCAUCGCCAUCUUCAAAAUCAUCUUUGGAACUAUCUAAAAUACCUAUACGAACAAAAUUAAUUAUAUUGUUUGAAUUACAUUAUUAUGAACUUUUGAAGACACAUUUUUUUUCUUAGGUUAAUUAGUAAAAAUGUACCUUCUACAUAUUGGUAUAAAUCAUCGUCUAUCGUUGGAAAUUGACUACGAAUAUAUUCACCACACGUUGCCAUAUUACCCGGAAUAUUCUGACGAAGUUUCAAUAUAAAUUUCCUAAUAAUAAAUUAGAAAAACGUCUUGCUUGACGGACCAAACGUCAAACGUCCUUUGAUCUUCAUGAACACAUGUUUACGCCAUUUUGAAAUACGAUUUCGUCAUCGUCGAGAGAUCGAUCCAAUCAGAGUUUACUCUUUUAAGUAAAGUAUUAUUUUAUCACGAGGAUCAUAAUCAGGAUAUAAACACAAUUGGAUUGUUGGAGAUUAUUAAAAUAUUCUUGAUAAAAUGUGUGUAAAGGAA